AAAAACAGCUAAUAUCCUCCUAAAUAUCCUAAAAAGUUACCUGCGAAAUGAUUGGGAACCUUUGUGUACCAAAAACAAAAGUGACAUAUACUUUACCAGUGAUCAAUAUAAUUUUUGAUCAUUAUUCAGGUUUUAAUGCAAAUAGGAAGUCAAAUUUUGUGCCCUUUCGUUGCACUAGUGAAUUGGUCGCUAUAGGCAGGUUAAACUAAAAUUGGAAGGUGCAUUUUGAAGUGGUCGUCAUUUAGCAGAUGAUCAAUAACAGAGAGAUGACUGAUACUCAGGUUUUACUUUAUAUGCAAUAUAUUAAACUGUGUCACAAUUCACCUAUGAGGGUUAGAAUUUUACUAGUUUUUACUGGCCUAAAAUAUCUAUGACUUUUCCCCUGUAAAAUUUAAUUUGCAAGUAAGCCUUCAGCCUCACACAGAGUGUUAAGAGACCAUCAAAAAUCAAUUUUCAUGUUAUGAAAAUGAAUUCCUGCAAUUACUUAGCUUCAAAUUUCAUCAAUUAUAAAUGUUUGUUCUUGUUUGUAUAGAAUGCAGCAUCACAGAUAUCGACCAUAGUAUGAGUAAACUUUAACCUUUCUCCCCAUCCCCAAUAUUUUUUUAUCUUUAUCAAUUUAAGGGACCAUCCGCUAUUUAUACAACAUUAAAUAUGUGAAGGUUAAAACAGCUGUACAUGGUGAACAAAAUAAGUUAAAACAGGGAGUGCAUCCAGUACAUAAUACACAGGGUGAGUGAUCGAGGUCGCACUACAGCGCACAGUUGAUAUAAGUUUUUAUGUGUACACAUACACACAUUCAUCUAUAAUUUCGUUUUUUUACAUUUUCAUGUUUUGAAAUCAUCAAAAUCGUUGCAGUAGGACACUGCAAUAAUAAUUUUUAGUUUUUUGUUUGGUUUUGUAUUUUUAGGUUAUACAGUGCACAUAAUCUCUUUACCCCUCCCAACUGAAUGUUUAAAAUUCCUCUUUUAAUUCAUUUAUUUAAAAACCAAUAUUAGGUUUCAUAUUUCUCUUCAAGUCUUAGGUACUUGAAAACAGUACAGUAAUAGAUAUGAAUGACAAAAAAUCAACAAUUCCUUUACCACCUCAUUUAUCCAAAAAUUAUCAAGAUUUGUUGGCACAUAAAAAUGAUCCAAAAGAAGCAAUAGAUUUCAAUAGGGAUGUAAAACCACCUAUGCAGCACAGGCCUUACUAUGAAAGACGAAGUCGUGAAAAUAAAUAUUAUGGUUCAGAAAGAGGUACGUUGAAUUACAUGAAUAAUGUUGGACCACUGGUGCAGCAAAUACCUCGCAAUGCAGGACAAGAUUACAGGGAUGAUGAAUAUUUUCCUUCAGAAAACAUUCCAUUUAAUGAAAGAUAUACUUUUGACAGUCACGGGGAAUAUGCUCCAGCUUUGAAAAAAUUUAGGAUGGGUGAUGUAGAACAGCAAGGAAGUUACCACAGUUUUCAUUCCAAUGAAUGGGAACAAACACGUAAUGAAUCUUUAACAUCCGAUCCAAUUAUGCUACAAAAACAAGAGCAGAUCUUAAAGCUCCUGAAUCAACUUCCUCGACCGGUUUCUACUAAAGAAAUUAUCCAGAACUGUGGCCACCAUUUUAAGUUGCCAUUGCAACCACUUUUGUACGACAUGAACGAUCGAGGGUUGAUUGUAAAAGCAUAUGGUUACGGUCCUCAAGCGUGGAAAGUUAAUCCGCAUCCUCAACAGACCAGUCAGAAUUCAAACUCUUGUGGAGGUCAAUAUGAAGGUAGGAGUAGGGAUCAGUUUAGAUCGAAAUUUGGAUCAACAGAGAGUAUAACUUUCCCAGUUUCUUCUCCCAUAUCGUCCACUACAUGUGAUCAGAAGAACACGAGAUGUGACAACACUUCUCCUCGACCUCCGAGUUCUUAUAAGGGGCCACCAUUACCACCCCACAAAUUGGUUUCUGGCAAUUCCACAGGCGUCAAUCAGAAAGCUUCAUGUUCCUCUUUUAUCCCAAGAUAUAAUCCGCACCCUCAGCCAGCAGGUAUGAUGCCUGGUUGGAAACCAGAGCUGACACAUAGUCUACCAAACCCUGCUUUAGUUCCACCGCCGUCAAAAUCGCUGACCCUGUCAUCAAAAAUACUUUCCCACGAAACUUUUAAUGCCUUGAAUAAGAACCCAGUUAGUUCAUUGAACGAACUUGCACAAAAGAACGGGUUAGAAGUCGCAUUCGAAGUUCUUAACGAAGGUAGAGGGCACAAAAAUAAGUUUACUGUUGCAGCAAAAAUUGGAGAUCAGUUGUACGAUGCUGUGGCAGCUUCUAAUAUGAAAGAUGCAAGAAGGGAUGCGGCGGACGCAGCAUUACGUGCUAUACUUGGCAAAAGUGCUUUCAAAAGUAAGUCGGGCAUGGGUGAAAAUGUGAUUGAUGACAUUCUUAAUCCACCUUCGAACGGCUUAUCACACUUCGAUAACAUCGCAACAUUAAGUCACCACGCGUUUCUGUUAUUAUCUACUAUGAUUCAAGAGAACUUUGCCGGACGUAAAGUUAUAGCUAGUAUGAUUCAGCAGAAUGGUUAUGAAGACAGCGGGCGUGUGGUUGCGAUGGGUACCGGAAAUCGUUGCAUUACAGGACAACGUUUAAGCUUGGAAGGAAAAGCGGUAAACGAUUCCCACGCUGAAGUGGUCUGUCGUCGAGCGUUUCUAAGAUAUUUAUACUGUCAACUUGAAUCUUUAUAUGAAGGUGGAGAAUCCAUUUUUGAGACAGGUGGUAUGAAUGACCAUGCAAAACUGAAAGAUGGUGUUACUUUUCAUUUAUACAUAAGUACAGCUCCUUGUGGAGACGGUGCGCUGUUUACACCACGACAAGUUAACUCGUCAGGAAACCUGUCAAAAGAACAUACACCUACAUACACAUCAAAGCCUCAUGGUAUUUUACGAACUAAAAUUGAAGACGGCGAAGGGACUAUUCCUAUUGAUUCCAACGACGGUGAACAAACAUUUGACGGUAUAUUACGUGGUCAAAGACUCCGCACGAUGUCUUGUAGUGAUAAAGUUUGUAGGUGGAACGUGUUAGGACUACAAGGUGCCUUACUCAGCCAUUUAAUUGAACCCAUAUAUUUAGAAUCAUUAACGCUAGGUUAUCUUUAUGACCACGGCCAUCUCUGUAGGGCCGUUUGUUGUCGUUUGGACAAAAAUGGCAGCAUUGAUGAAGACUUGCCAAUGCCUUAUUUUUUAAACCAUCCGUGGAUUGGACGGGUUACGACGUAUGAAGCAUCACGGGAAACGGAAAAAACUAAUAACAUCAGCAUAAACUGGUGCUGUUCGGACCUUAGUCCGGAGGUAACAGAUGGCCGCACCGGAGCGUGCUUAACUCGUACAGAGAAUGCUCCAACGCCUUCUCGGUUGUGCAAACUGGAACUGUACAAAAGAUUUCGGGAGGUAAUUUCUAAAAAUGAACGGUGCGCAUUUUUACUGAAGCUAGACACUUAUAGGGAAGCGAAAGAACAGGCUUCCGAUUAUCAAACUGCUAAGAAAUGCAUGAUUAGGAAAUUUCGCGCUCAAAAGUUUGGCAUAUGGGUACGUAAACCUGCUGAGCAAGAAAUGUUUUCAUGCUAGGUUUUAUAAUUGCAUGCAUUUUUGUAUCUACCUUGCUUUAACAACACACGAUUUAUGUGUUCGCAUUCAUCAACAAAAUUUGCACAAAUUUCGCAUUUGCGCUUUUCACCGCGUAAAAAUUAAAUGGUGUGAUAAUCCUGAACAGUAAGUUAGGCAAAAAAAUUAUUUCCGAAAACAGUCGGUUUUCUUAAGAAAAAAGUGAACUGGAAAGCAUUAAUAUCCGCGAUCCCAAACCAACUACGUAUGUGCAAUAAAUAAUCUUUUCGUUUCAAUUUUUUCCAUAUCUCGCAAGUCAGCUUUUAAAUAUACCUUGUGUUUUUAAAACGUAUUUCGUAUCAGAAAAAAGGUAAAGCUAAUCAAUCGCGACUCCGUUAGGAAAUGUACAAGAUAAAAAAAAUUUGACGAAGUUUGCUUUAAGGAGAGAGAGAAAUUCUGUGAAUUCUGUGGGCAAUGAUGUAUCUUCUUUCCUUAAGCCGGAUAUUCUAAUAAAUCAAAUAAAGUAACCGAAAUUUUUAAAUAGCUAUUUGUUUUUAAAGGUUGUAAAUACUUAUGUUAUAUUAAAAAAAUUAUGCGUAAUGUAAAUUUUAGUUUACUUACAAUUGUAUGACUGGACCAUAUAUGCCUUAAUCACAUAAAUUUGCGCAUGGAUUAAGUUUCUUAGAUGGCCGAAAUCUUCCAUUUAUACAAAAAGACAAAAUAAAGUUUUCCACUGGUAGAUGAAGUUACAAGACAAGGUGAAGUUCUGUACCGGCACAAAGAAGGUAGCAGAUAAGGUAUGGUUCUCUGCUUGCGCGAAGAAGGUACAGUACAUAGUAAAGUUUUCUACUGGGCGAAGAAGGCAAAUUUUUUUACUUAAAGCAGGUGCAAAGACAAGGUAAAGUCUUCAACUUUCACGAAGAAGUGACCAGGCAAGGUAAAGUUAUCUACUUGUGUGAUUAUUUGAUACAAAUGUAUUGUUUUCUUAAAGACGUCAGACAAGAAACAGUGUGCGGUGGAAUUGGAUUAAAAUAUGGCAUUGCAAAGCAAACCCUCUGCUAUUAAAUUAAGGAUAAAUCAAGAUUUUUGCAAUUGGUUGAGGUCACUAAAACUUCUGGCUCACAUCAGAGGUUUAGACAAUUUUCUUUUACGGUGAUGUGAAUGAAACCUGUUCUAAAUGGCUUGUAUCUGCCUGGCGUAUGAAUAUUGUAAUUUCCAAAACUUUCUUGACACAAGGUUGCUUUAUUUUGCAAAACAAUUUGGCUCUGAUAGUGUUCAAGCAUCAAAUGAAAGGAUGAAUGGAGGAAGCAAAGAGAAAACAAUAUCAGGUAUAGAACAUGGAAAUUUGUUUUCUGAUGAACAACAAUAGACAUAGAACUCUUAGGUCUUUACCAUCAUCAAUAUUGACUGCUUUACCGUCUAUAACUUCUACAUUACAGCUCUUAUUGUCAUCUGUAUUCAAAAAUUAAGAUGAAUUUUUGAAAACCUUCAUGUUUUCCGUUUUGACAGGUGCUCAACAACAUUGUUUUUAUUACUGCAUCUGCAAAUUUGUCAAUUUGUUUUUUUUAGCUCGUUUUUUGUUUGCAAAAGUUCUUUUUUUUCUUUUUGUUGCCAGUUUCUUUUAUCUUCAUGGGAAGACAUUACAAUUGGUUGUAUUUAAUGUUCUUUUUCUCUCACCAUGGAAAUUAGAAUGUCGAUAUCAUUGCCAAGUCUCUUCCACUUUUGUUUUGCCUUGUUGACAUGAGAGAUGACGUCGAAAAAUACCCUGGUAUCGUUGACCGGGUUUUGUAAUGUGAUUGGCUUUUACAUUUUCGCUUAUUUAUUACGACUUUUUUCUUAAUCAGCACUUUUUCAGGUCAAGAUUAAAAUGGCGCAUUGAGCAGUGGUUUUGUAUUUCGUAAACAACAAAACUUUAUUACAAAGCUAGUUAAAUUUAUAAAGACCGUUUGGUUUUACUUUUUUAGAUUUAUUGAAUUAUCACUGAUUAUUUCAUGAGGUCGCAUUGUACUAUAGGAAAGAAGAUAGCGGCAUAAUAAAGUCGGGUACUGACAUAAGAAAAACAAGUGCAUGUAGCUAGCUAGCUAACAAUGUUUUUAAUAUGUUUGGCACGUAGUUGGUGAUCAAAAGCCUUAUGUAGAUGUAUUGAUGACAGCUAGCUUCAUAUAUUUUAGCUUGAUAUUUUCUUUACAUUUACCUUUUAGCUAGCUAGCUUAACUUUGUCAUAGCAAAAUUUGCAGGGAGGAUAAGAAACUUUGUUUCUUUAUUUCUUAAUAAAAUUUCUUCCAGAGACUUGCAAUAUUUGUAUCAAUUCAGAUUUACGAAAAUAAAUCCGAAAAAUACGUGUCUUUAUUGAGACCCUAUUUGCAAAAUCAAAUAUUAACUUAAAAUUGAUGAAUUUAUUUAAGAAAAGAGAAUGUAAUUAUUAAACUAAGGGAAGUGAAGGGGGUCUAGUGUCUCUAACAAAUCCCUGAAUUUCACAACCGUAUACAUGCAGGGGCAGGUAACACAAUUUUACAACACGAUUAUGGAAGAUUUUUUUAUUGUCCAUCUGUGAUUUAGUACGUUCAAGAAAUUAGAAGAUAUGAAACUGGGUUCACCAAUCAAACAUGGCACAAAUUUUUAUUUUGACCCUAACAUAGCACGUAGACUCUGACAUUUUUUAAUUAUGAACAUUGCUCUUCUUAAUGUUUUUUGUACAUGUAUUUUUGUCUGACAAAAUUGAUAUAACUGUCAAAAAUCGUUUAUCAUUUUCCCGUGUUAAAACAGGAACUCAAAAACUAUGGUAAUAGUGAGAAUAUUUUUGUACCUCAAUAUUUUUCUUCAAACCAGCCUAUAAACAUGUCAUACCAAGUUUCAAGUCUAUUUUAUUUUCAGCAAAAACUACGGUUUUGAAAGAGAAGUAUUUUUUAUAGCCCACUUUGUUGGACACUUUUAGCUUUAUCUCAUGAAUUAUAUACAUAGAUUCGUACUUGUUAAAGUAUCCAAAUUAACAAGGUAUAUAUCUUAAGCUGGCUAAAUUUGCAUAAAAAUAGUUCUCACAAAAAUUUAAAAGUGCUUUUUUCCAUAAACUGGAUUUAAAAUCUAAACAAUAAACUGUCUAACUUCACCAAGCAAAGGUUCUAUUCAGUACUAGCUAGGUCAGCUAUAUCAAUGUAUUAUUAAACAGCACGAUUUCUUUUCCAACAUUUAAAGGCGUUUAUUGUAGUUACCAAGAUAAUUUUUCCUGUAUUUUUUACUCGUGAGACAAUACAAUUGUCAGUACGUUUUCUCUUGCUGGAACAUAAAUUUUCUAACCGCUAAAGUCCCGCCAUUUUUUAAUCGCAUAAAUUAACGUAUUCCUUAUGACGCGUUCGCAUAAUCUGGCCAUAUAUUGGCCAAAAAUCACUCAACAAUACCAGGGUAUUUUUUGACAUCAUCUCUCAUGUCAAAAAAAUCCAUUGUUGUGUUUUUAUUUCCCCUCGAAUACAACCAUUUGUCUACUUCAUGCAUUUAAUUGUUCUUGUGUAUUUGAUGUUGGUAGUUUUUCUACGGAAAACGAACAUGUUAUGAUCCGCCAUUGAUUCGGCUAAUACGUUGAUAGAAUCAGGUGAUUCGAACCAAUGAAAUCAAUCAGUGUUGAUGCUGUUUCCCUAAUCCGUGUGGAUUAGUUUACCAAUUGCUUUAACCCAAAUGUAUUAAUAAUUGAUUUUGUGUAUUUAAAAAUAUGUGCCGAAGCGUUGUCGUGGCGACCACUUUUACGAGUUAAAUUUUGCAGAUGUUUUUGAAAAUUUUUUAAUUUUCCUGUUUGUCACAGUGGGUAAGCAGUUCAUUUUUAGGUUUUUUCGUGAAACUUUAUUCCUUAAAAUUAUUUCAUUGAAAAAACGCGAAAGUUUUUCCCGCAAAGUUAAAGAAUUUUUUCAAAAAGCAAAAGUUUUUUCAGUUCAAAAUAUUUAUUUUUUUAACCGCAAAAAACAGAUUUUAAGACAAUUAAAAUUAGUUGAAGCAUAUUAAAGUACAAUAUUUUAUGGUUUUUUUUUCAUUCAUCAAUUCAAUAACUUUUGGUGUUGAAUAUUUCCCUGUUGUCACGAUUUUCUUUCCCUUUUGCUGUUUUUAUACUUCUCUUUUUGCUAACUGCUUCAGGCGUUUUUACUAUCGGUGGUAAAGUCACAGAUUUGGUGGUAAGUGCUUUUGUGAUAGCAAAACAAAACAAAAACAGUCUCAAAGUUUUCUCUGCUUACCUUCUUUCGCAUUUUUUAUACAGUGAUACUACUCGAAUUUCGCUUCUUGAUUGGAGAAACUUUCGCGAGAGAAGUAUUAAAAUUAUUAAAGUGUUAAAGUAUUUUUUGCCGCUCAAACCUUCGCGAUAAAUCCUAGUCACUCUAGGAAAGACCAAGUAGUUAUUCAAUCUUCACAAGUCCUAUUGAGAUAUGUACGCCGUGUGACGUCACAAAGGAACAAAAUAUGUACGAACCAAGUUGGGUUUCUUCGAUAAUGGCGGCGACCGUUAAUGUAGAUAUCGUUUUUAGGAGACAAAAUUUAAACGUAAAAAAAUGAAAAAAUUUAUGUUAUUUUGUCAUAAGUAAGAAUGUUUCUAUUACAAAUAAACAUAUAUCUACAUUUUGUUAGUUUUCCUUAUUUAGAAAUUUCAACUUUCUACUUUCGCGCCAGUACUCGUAUCAAAACAAACACAAAGGUUUGAAUAUCAGUCCAAAUAUUGUGUUUACAAUACCAUUUGCAAUACCAGUCCUUAGCCUAGGAUACUUAGCACCCAUGAAACCUCCUAAACGUUGUUUUAGCGUGAUCUCCUACAAUCUAAAUUUGAUUUUACCAGUCAGUAUUUUAAUCUCUAAAUAUCUUUUAGACAUAGUGUUUCAUGCUUUACAUUAAUGUUGUACAAGAAAACUUUUCUCAACUUAUUUUCAUUCAAAAGUAGCAAAAAGGAUGAAAACAAUAUUAUGUGACCUUUCUCUCCGCGCGAAAACUUGUAACGCCAAAACUUUCUGAUUAGACAUCUGGCAGUGUGUCUCAAAAAAAAACAACGAGGACAGACACUAUAAGUUGACAAGAGAAGAUAGAAAAAGCAAAUUACGAAGCAAGAUUACAUCUGUUUAGAUUUCUGUCAAUUUUAAUCUGUACCCGGCGGUGAUCUAAUGAUGCGUUAUAAUGCGGUUUUCGUCAGGAAAUUUAUACAUCCUUUGAUGUGGUUUAAUAUCGAUUUUUUGCAGACGAAGCUUAUCUGUGCUGUACGUGUCAGAUAAAAGAUGUGUCCAAAAGUUGCAAAUGAUUAUAAAAGUAUAAAUGUGUUGUUUAUGAUGAGAUAUGUUCGUGUCAUGACGCUAGUUUUUUUUGUUUUUUUUGUCCACGUCUAUCGAAUAUCAUUAAUUUGUCAUUCAAAUAAUUAUAAUUUAUUACCUAAUCGGAAUAACCCGCUUUAUCGGUAUGGAAAUCGGUAUGGAAACGUUGCCAUAGGCACUUCAUUCCUUUUUACUCCUAUUUUUUGGGGGAAAAUUAUUGGAAAACACGGAUAGUAAAUUGAAAGAAUAUUACUCGAAUUGUAAAUUUGUCGAAACAUGAAUCUGUCGGUAGAAUUUGACGAAA